AACAAUAAUGAGAGCAGCAACAGCAGCAGGCUUGUUGUCAGCGGCAUUGCAACAUCAGCAACAUCAGCAACAGCAACAACAACUCACGGCAGCAACAGCAACACCAACAGCAGCAGCAGCAACAACAACCACAUCUAUGUGAAUCCACAUAGCUAUGAUAGCAGCACCGCCGGCAGCGGCAACAUCAGUGGCUCCACGGCGGUUAUGUUGCCGCUGCCAUUGACCUUGCAACUGCUGCCCGACAGCAAUCAGAGCAGCAGCAAUGGCUUCAGCCUUGGCGCGAUCAGUCGACCUGCAACAUCGACAACACUGAGCACUCUCAAUACAUAUCUGUUUCCCUGUGGCGCCGACUCAGCUGGCACAAUUGGCGGUGGCACGUUCAAUGGCAGUGCCAGCUGUGAUCUCGACAGCAAUUUCAGCCAAAUGGUUGCUGGCUGCGGCAAUGGCAAUGGCUACAAUGGCAAUGGCUACAAUGGCAGCGAUGCCGGCAGCUCGGCGGCCCACAGUCCGUGUCCAGUUGGUGGCACGGGACUCGGAUUGGCCGUCAACUUUGGUGGAUUUAUCAACAAGCGACGCAUCAGAAAGCUCUUUGGUGUUGGCGGUGGUGGUGCGGCCAAUGGCGAUGGCUUUGGACCCUACGGCGCCGCAUUGCGUCGCCGCAGCUCCCAGAUGGUGCAGUUCCACAAGAAGAAGCAGCAGCAGGAGCAACUCGAGCAGCAGCAGCGUAUUGCCACCGUUGCCUCAGCGAAUGCGGCGUUUCUCGAACGCAAGGAGCAACAGCAGCAACAGCAACAAUUGCAGCUGCAGUUGCAACAGCCACACCAACACCAGCAGCAGCAGCAACAGUUGCAGCCACUUUUAUUGCUGCCACAGCCCGAGAAAAAGAAGAAGAAGCCACCAGGUCCGCCGGCUCAAGUGCGACAACAAGCCUCACGCACCAUGGAUGAUCCCAUGAUGAAUCGACCGAGAAAGAAUACGCCGGCAAUCAACAAGAAGAAAGACAAGGACAAGGAGAAGGACAAAUUCAAGGACUACGGCUAUGAGAAGUACCCAAAACAAAGCAAAGCUCUUAACCCAAAAAAACAAAAAAAAAAAAACCAAAACACACACUCAACUUAGAUACAAACACAGCCAAAAUACCAAAAAUGCUAUAAUGCCACCUGCCAAUGGCCAAUUGCCAAUUGCCAA